AUGGGAUCUAAAGACCAGAAGGAUAUGGUCUCGGCCCACUCCAAACCUGCGUCCGCUUCGAUUACCGAAGAGGCCGAAAAGAGCCUUCAGUUCACAGAGUACGAACACUCUCUUGGUUUCUGGGAUGCGAUGAGUCUUUACUGGCCGGCCGUGGCCUGGUCGAUGUUUAUCAACCUGGCCACUAUCUUGAAAGGCAUGGACGGCGGCAUCGUCGGAUCCCUGGUCGGCUUAGAGCCGUUCAAGAGGACGUUUGGCUACGAGUACAAUGGCAAAUAUGUUGUGCCAGCACGUUGGAUAUCAGCGUUCAAUUAUGCGAACCCCUUGGGAGGUAUUGUUGGAGCGCUUCUGUCCGGAUGGGCCUAUGAUCGUCUGGGGCCCCGUCUCAUGAUGACCAUUUGUUCGUCUCUCUCGAUCGCGAUUCUAUUUAUUCAGUUCUUUAGUCACACUUCCCCUCAGCUGUUUGUUGGUGAGCUGCUGAAUGGCAUUACCAUCGCCUUCUAUCCUAUCUGCGCAUCAGCCUACGCCGGCGAGGUGACACCACUGUCUCUGCGUGGCUUUGCUGCCUCCAUGACCAACCUUGGCUUCGUUGUUGGCCAGCUCAUCGCGUCGGGAAUCCUCAAAGGAACCGAUAGAUUGGAAAACAGCUUUGCCUACCGCAUACCGAUUGCCACCCAAUGGAUCCUCCCCGUCGUCAUCUUGGCCUUUAUCUAUUUCUGCCCCGAUCCGCCCUUUUGGCUCUGCAAAAAGGGCCAGUAUGAGGCCGCUGAGAAGUCUCUGCGCCGGUUGGCGACGCCCGACGUCGACGUGGGCCUCAAGCUGGCGCACAUCAGAGAGAUCUUGCGGCUAGAGGACCUGUUCCAGCAGAGCACGGAGAAGCUGGGCUAUCAGACCUGCUUCCGAGGCCCAAACCUUCGUCGCCUGGUCAUCUGCGUCAUGGCCUACGACAUGCAGGCCUUUACGGGCAACAUUCUCUUUAUCAACUACGCCGUCUAUUUCUUUGAGAUGGCCGGGCUGAACAACUCCAACGCCUUCUCCUUGAACGUCGGACUGACUGCCCUCGGCUUUCUCGGUACCUGCAUUGCCUGGCCGCUGCUCUCGUACAUAGGCCGCCGGACGGCUUAUCUCUGGGGUUGUGCCGGCUUGACGAUGGCACUCUUCGUCAUCGGCGCGCUCGACUUGGCCCCCCGAACGGAGACCACCGCCCCUGUCUGGGCCCAAUGCGCUCUUAUCCUCGCCUGUAACUUUGUCUACGACCUCACCGUCGGUCCGUUCUGCUUCGUUCUGCUGGCCGAGGUCUCGUCGGCUAAGCUACGCAGUGUCACCAUCGCCCUGGCCACGGUGACGUGUCACAUCAUGUCGCUAGUGUUCUCGGUCGUCAUACCGUACGCUAUGAACGAGGACGAGGGGAAUUGGCGCGGAAAGCUAGGGUUCCUUUUCUCCGGCCUGAGUCUGCUAUGCACACUGUAUUGCUUUUUCUACCUGCCCGAGACGAAGGGACGGACUUUCGAGGAGCUAGAUAUUCUUUUCGAGAGAAAGGUGUCCAGUCGGAAAUUCAAGGACUACGUCGUCGACAUUGCGGAGCAUGCUGGAGGACGUCGAGAAGUGUAG